AUGUUUACCUAUAAAUUUCCAGCUAAAACUUUUGGUAUCCACUGGUCGAGCACUUCAGUGGCGUUUGAAAAACAGUCUCUAGGUUCUGUGGAACAAUUGACGGACAUAGCUAGUCGAACACCCGGUGAGAGGUUCAGAUCUUUUAUCGUAUGA